AUGGAUUCUCUCGAGUUAAGUCUUCCUCGAGGAUACACAGUCCAUCACGGUUAUCCAUCGGUUCCACAAUACCUAAAUCUCCGAUCAUCGUCCGGGCUCUCUCCCAAAACUUCAUCCCAGGCAGAGGCAGUCUCCACCGGGAGCUGGUUCGGGUGUUAUAUUACUUGCGAUGUUAAUGGAGUCCCACAGCCGAUCGGAAUGGGACGGGUGAUUGGGGAUGGCGGUUGGUAUUUUCACAUCGCAGACAUGGCCGUCCAUCCAGAACACCAGAAGAAAGGCCUUGGGAAUGUGAUUUUGAAGACUUUACUUCAGGAGAUCAAAAACCGGGCACCUGCCGAUGGCAAGCCUUAUAUCUCAUUGCUGGCGGAUGAGGCUGGUCGGAAAUUAUACUUCAAAAACGGAUUCGUGGAAUCGGCCCCUGAGGAGAUGGGAAUGGUUUUCAAACCAUAG